AUGGGGAUCGAGCAGAACAGGGGUUGUGGGAAAAAUAAGGUUAGUAACGAAUCAAGGAAAAACAAGCGGCGACAAAGGAAAUCUUCACAGGUUCAGCGGCUGUACGAGGUUUGCAAGGAGGUUUUUGCUGAUUGUGGGCCGGGAAUCGUCCCCACACCUGACAAAGUGGAAAAACUUGCAGCCGUUUUGGAUGGGAUGACCCAAGCUGAUGUGGGCCUACGACCCGAUAUGCCGUUUUUCAGCAGCAAACGAGGCCCGAUCAUAACAUACUUGCAACUCCAUGAAUGUGACCAAUUCUCGAUCGGAAUCUUUUGCUUGCCCCCAACAAGUGUUAUCCCACUUCACAACCAUCCCGGGAUGACCGUUUUUAGCAAGCUACUAUUUGGGACCAUGCACAUUAAGUCUUGUGACUGGUCGAGUGAAGUUGACAAAAACCCGAACAUCACAACUACAACAAAUGGAUUGAGAUUGGUGAAGAUUAAGGUUGACUCGGAGUUCACGGCCCCUUGCAAGACUUCGAUCUUAUACCCCACAGAAGGUGGCAACAUGCACCGAUUUACUGCCAAGUCAGCAUGUGCGGUGCUCGAUGUGCUUGGCCCUCCAUAUUGCGAUCCUGAUGGCCGCCAUUGUCAGUAUUAUUCCGAGUUUCGGUUCGCUAGCUUCUCAGGAGAAAACGAGAACGAGAAAGAAGGCUAUGCGUGGCUCAAGGAGAGGGAAAAACCGGAAGAUCAUAUUGUCGUUGGAGUACCGUAUAACGGACCAAAGAUCGUGAAAAAGUGA